AUGAACCCUGACCAGACGGCACUGCAGAAGGCCGUGGUAGCCAUUUUGGUUCAGGACGCCUCCCACUCUGAAAAGGUCGCGGAGCCCGACUCCAGUCUCCACUCUCUGUGUCCGCAGGCGACAUCGAUACUUUUGAGGAGCGAUGAUCAGAUGCAAUCCAAACUGCAUCCAGUUCUGCAGCAGCUGGAACAGAUCACGUUUGACGCCUGCGGUCCUUGCAGCUCCACCAUGGCAGUCGGAGCCUCUCUUCGCCUCCUGGCAGCGUUGAUUCUCACCCUCCCAGGUUUCGCUCAGAGCUUCAUGCCGAACUCCUUCUUCUCCUGGACGCUGAGUCAUCGUGACAUCACCCAGAUCGCGAUUCUGAGGAAAACAGCCGAGGUUUGCCGGGACGUUGCUGCUGCAGAGGGCAGAAGCUUCACUUUGGAGAUAACCGACACACUGUCGGUUAACAAAGUCCAAACGGCCUGCUCUGUCCCGCUGCCCGGCUUCCCCGUCUCCAGCGAGAUGCUCCAAGCUGCAAUCAACAGCGUUCAUGACAGCAGCGACGCCCUGCGGUCACCGGACCCGGCCUUCCACUUCCACAGCGAGGCCUUCCUCACCGGCAGGGACCUCAUCACUCAAGGAUUGUCGUCUCUAAAAGCUUCUGUGAAGGAGCAAAACUUUCAGGCAGCCAGAAACACUCUUGGAAGAAUCUGUCACACCCUCCAGGACUUUUACAGCCACAGUAACUGGGUGGAGUUGGGAAGAACCGCAGCUUACAGCGCUCUGAUCAGACCAGAUCAGCCUCUGGAGAACCUGGCAGGUCCUGAUGUUCCAACCUGUAAGAGCUGUGCUGGGCUGAGCUGCAAAGACAACAUACUGCCUGCAGUCCUGGAGCAGGGACUUCUCACCUCAGGCUACUACAGCACCGAGUCUCCAGCAAAACCUGCAGGUAAGUGCAGCCACGGUGGUGUCUAUGACCAGACGAGCAGAACCGAGCCGACCGGCGGCAUCAACAAGGACACAAACUCGUCUUCUCACGGGCAGCUGCACCGAACAGCGGCGGACCUGGCCGUGGACGCCACAGUGGACCUGUUGGAGGACAUUAGAGUCGCUAUCGGAGACAGAACAUUCCUGAGACUGAUGGACAUCUCACAAGCACCUGCGCUGGUUUUUGUGGUGGACACUACGGGCAGUAUGGGUGAUGACAUAACUUAUGUCCAAACAGUCACAGCUACAAUCAUAAAUGAAAGAAGAGGAACACCGAUGGAGCCCUUCGAAUACAUUUUGGUCCCUUUCAAUGAUACAGAAUUUGGUCCAGUGAUGAGGACAACGGAUGCAGAUGAAAUGAUGACCAAGAUAAACAGCCUGACUCCCAGUGGAGGUGCAGACGGCCUGAAGAUGAGCUUGUCUGGACUGAGACUUGCCCUGACAGCAGCUCCUCCUUCUUCCUUUAUUGUUUUGUUCACUGAUGCUGAAGCCAAAGACGCGUCUCUGAAAAAUGCUGUGACCGCUCUGAUAGAAACCACGAAGUCGAAGGUCUUUCCCAUCUUGACCUAUUUUAAUGCCAGACGACGCAAAAGAACUGUAACUGUAGGUUCUUCCGAGCGGCUGGAUCUGGAUCUGGAUCUGGCCCAGGCGUCUGGAGGUCUGGCCAUUGAAAUCAGCAAGUCCCAGAUUUCUGCAGCAACUCCUAUUAUAGAGCAAUUUUCAGUCGGAGCCGUGGUCACCGUUCUCCAUGCGGCGGUGGAUCCCGGCACGCCGAGAAAUUUGACCUUCCUCGUUGACACGACUCUGAGCUACAUGCAGAUUUACAUCACAGGAGACUCAUCUCUCACCUUCACACUGACAAGCUCAACAGGAGUUUCUCAGAGCUCCAGUGAGUCCAGCGGCUCCCUGGCAUCGAUUUCUACAGCAGGAAACCUGUGGGUGUUAAGGCUGAACCCUGAGAACCAGGCAGGGCAGUGGGCGAUCGCGCUCAACGCCACCACCGCCUACACAGUCAAGGUCACAGGUCGGAGUUCCUUGAACUUUGUCUACAACCUCGUUGAACCACAAGAGGGCACCAACGGCAGCGUCAUUCCCAAGGAAGGACGUCCCUCCACAGGUGAUAAGGUCACUCUGUGGGUCACCGUCACAGGAAGUGACACAGCCACAGUCAGAGACGUCUCUCUGUUCGACUUCUCCAGAUCAACACAACUCAGUGGAUCAGUCCAGUCGAUAGGAAACGGCGACUAUCUGGUGGCGUUCAGUGAAGUCCCGGCAGGGAGCUUCCUGCUUCAGCUGACAGGGCAGGAGACGAACUCCACCUCCGCACCAACCAGCUUCCAGAGACAGGCUUCCACCCAGAUCACAACCUCCAGUCUCUCUGUUACCGCUCAAGCUGACAGCCUGAGCAUCGAACCAGGCUCCAGCGUCUCCGUAUCUUUCACCGUAACCUCAGAGGAAACUGGGACAUUCACCAUACAAGCCAACAAUGACCGCGACUUUGGCACCGCAUGGAGUACCUCGGUGAGCAUCGGCACAGGUGAUGGCGGUCAAGCUAAUGGCACAGUGACCUUAGCAACUCCAGCUGAUGCUGCUUCAGGAACAGAUGUUUCCCUCACUAUUGUUGCCGAGAACGCUGAUGGUACUGAAAUCAACUACGUUGUGCUCAGGUUUUCAAUAGCUACCAAGGUGACUGACCUGUCUGCUCCAGUGUGCCAGCACCUCUGCUUCUACACCAAUGCUUAUCGCCGAGAACAUGGCAGUAGUCCCACUAAUGGCUGA